AUGGGUGCAACCCUUUCCAACCCAGCUAAGGACACAUCAAACCCUCCCCCUCCAGUUCAGGAGGAUGAAAAUAGCUUGAUGAUUACUGGUCUUGCCACCAAAUGGCCAUCCAAACUUAUUGGCCCGGAUGAUAUGAAAGCAUAUGUUUCGAAGCAUUACCUGGAAAAUGCCCCCUGGCUCCAAAGUUUACUGAGAAUCAACGAACAAACUGGCAUAGAAACUCGGGCUGUGGUUGAUCUUUGGAAUGACCCGCAGUGGCAUCAAGAUAAACCCCCCACGGCAGAAGACGUCGAUGCUGCAUUCCGCAAAUACGGGGUUGAGCUUGCGAAGGGCGCCGCCCUAGAUGCCUUGAGCGAUAGCCAUGUCUCCCCAGGCUCUGUUACACAUGUUGUGGCAGUUACAGCGACUAAUGCUGGCAGCCCGGGCUAUGAUCAGCUCGUGGCCCGGGAGUUGGGUAUUCCUGUCACUGCAGAGCGAGUUCUCCUGGCUGGGGUUGGCUGCGCAGGAGGCCUAGCUGCACUGCGAGUAGCUUCCAAUCUGGCAAGGGCAGCAACUCUACAGCACCAAGAGGCCCGGGUCUUGAUCAUUGCGUGUGAGGUCUGCAGCAUCCAGGUCCGGGCCGAGCUACAUGCUGCAUCCCAAUCGGAUACUGUCGGGAUUGGGCCAGCCCUCUUCGGCGACGGUGCGGCGGCUAUGGUGUUGUGCAACUCAUAUAGCUUGAGUGACAAAACUCCUAGGCGCUUCAGUGUGAUUGAUUGGCGUACAUGUAUCACACCCGAGACACAUCAACACAUGUCCUAUCAAGUAACGUCUAACGGGUUCCUUCUCUCGCUAUCGAAGCAGGUUCCUAAGUACGCUGCUGCCUCUCUUCAAACACCGUUCCAGAGCUUACUCAAGGCUAAUGAAAAGGAACUUUCGUCGAAGGAUUUCGACUGGGCCGUUCAUCCUGGUGGCUUGUCUAUCAUCAAAGGUGCUCAGAUGGCAAUGCAACUGCCUAAUGAGGCGCUGACAGCGAGCUACGAGAUCUACCGAACUCGGGGAAACGCGUCGAGCGUCGCAGUUCUCGCCGUCUUGGACAGAUUACGGUUAAUGGAGAUGCGGAAACAAGAUAUGCCGUUAGUCUAUCACUCCCUCCUGACGGGACCCCGUGACGCAGGAUAUACCGUCGUCCACCCCCGCUUACCCAGCUGCUCUGACGUGGGCGACAAGGAUUUCCCCACUCGCACCUUGACUGAUGAUACACUGGCCGUAACCAGAGUCACUGAGCGACUAGUAGGGCAAGAAAAGCCCGUGGUAGUCACCAUACAUUCGUAUGGGGGCCUUGUUGGUAGCGAGGCCAUCCCCCAGAGCCUUAGCUACGCAGUCAAGAAGGCUCAAGGUCGAAAGGGCGGCGUGCUCUACCUCUUCUACUUUGCUGCUUUCAUCCUGGACAUUGGACAGUCUGUCUUCGGCACCUUCAGCGAGUCACCUAACAAUAAUAUUACGUCGUACCGCAUGCAGUCCACCCUGAUCACUCGCACCGCCUACGAGUAUAUCCCGUCGACCGAUCUCUUUUGCGACAACGACCAGGCGGCACCGGCUCAAUACCAGGAAAUGUUUGCAGGAGCUGCUAAGGCGCAUGUCGACCGCUGCAGUGCGGGACACUCGCUAAUGCUGGGCCAGCCGGAAAUGUUGGUGCAGAAGAUUGCGGCGGUGACAGAGUAG